UAUAGAUGUCCAUGCUUCAUAGACUAUAUACAGUACAAAGAUUGUGAUUCCCUGACACAGAGUAAUCUAGGCCUACCCCUUCUAUAAAUUGCAAGCCAUUCUCACUAUAUUGCAAAGAUAUACUGUACUUUUCUCUAGCAAACACUUAUUUCUUCUUUCCCCUAAGCAAUGGCCUUCUCCCACCUUGCUUCUUCCCUAGUUCUUCUCACACUCACCUCCUCUAGUCUUCUUUUUCUUCAACCCCAUCCGAGUAAUGCCAACUCACUCAUUGAUUGUCACUUCAAUAGCAUUUACAAUUUUGGCGACUCACUUUCAGAUACAGGUAAUCUAAUUCGGGAAAAGCCAAUCGGUCCUACUACUGCUUAUGCUAAGCUUCCCUACGGUGAAACUUUUUUCAAGCACGCGACGGGUCGCUGCUCGAACGGUCGGCUCAUGAUCGACUUCAUCGCUCAAGCAUCUGGCCUUCCCUUUCUUAAUCCGUACUUGGAAAAAGAUGCAGACUUCAAACACGGAGUGAACUUCGCUGUUGCCGGUGCCGCCGCCUUAACAACAGAGGAUUUAGCAAAACUGAACGUCAUUGACCUGCUUACCAACAGUUCACUCGAAGUGCAGCUCGAUUGGAUGUCUAAACAUUGCAUCAUAGAGAGAGAUUGCGCGGAGAAGCAAAACACCUCGCUUUUUCUGCUCGGAGAGAUCGGAGGAAACGAUUAUAACUUUGCAUUUCUUGAAGGACAAACUAUACAGGAUGCACAAAAUUUGGUACCUGAAGUUGUUGCGGCCAUAAUCAGUGGUGUUAGGCGGGUGAUCGUUAGCUACGGAGCUGUUAAGGUGGUAGUCCCGGGCAUUUUUCCAAAUGGUUGUUUCCCCCUCUAUCUAACAUUAUUCCAAACAAAUGACUCAAGUGCAUACGAUAAGCAUCGGUGCUUGAAAGAUAUCAACGCCUUCGCAUACUACCACAACGAAAAGUUACAAGAAGCCAUCCAAGAGUUGAAAAAAGAGUAUCCUGAUGUAGUCAUUGUUUACGGUGAUUACUACCGUGCCUUCUUGUGGCUUUUCGAUCAUGCUGUAGAACUUGGAUUUGACGGUGAGACUACGCAGAAGGCUUGUUGUGGGAUUGGUGGGGAUUACAACUUCACUCUGACCAACAUGUGUAGUUCGGAGGUUCCGGUUUGCCCAGAUCCUAAACGAUUCAUAAGUUGGGAUGGAAUUCAUUUAACCGAAGCAGCAUAUAAGAGGAUGGCUGAAUGGCUCAUUGACGACGUGGUGCCCAAGCUCCAGUGCUGUAACUAACUAAGAUGGUCUUACUCUGCUUCGCUACCAUUUGAGAAAGUAAACAGUAAUUAUUACGUCACUAUCAUUCAACAUCUUUGACAAGGACUAGUUAAAGAUGGAUUAAAAUCGAUGCAUGUUUUCGUUCUUCCCAUUGCACGUUGAGUUGAAAACAAUACUUUCUUUUACAUGUCAUUAAGAAUUUGUUUGGUGAA